AUGCCACCGCCACGCCACUGCCAGGGCCACAUUGCGCAGUGCCUCGGCAGGAUCCUCGCCUGCCGCGGCGACGCCACCAUCGCCGCUGCCGGCCCAGGCGGCCGACGGCUCUCCGGCGCGGAGUUCGUCGACGGCGUGCGGAGCCUCGCCGCCGGCCUCGUCGACUGCGGGGUGCGCCCGGGCCACGUCGUCGCCGCCGUCGCCCUCAACAGCGUCGAGUACGUCCAGCUGUUCCUCGCCGUCACGUACGCCGGAGCGAUCAUCGCCCCUCUCAACUACCGCUGGAGCUUCGAGGAGGCGGUGCAAGCGGUGGAGCUCGUGCAGCCGUCGGCAUUCGUCUUCGACGGCGCGUUCACCUCUUGGGCGCUUCGACUGACGGAGAGCGACAGGUUUCCAUCGAUUGGCCUGUACAUCCUCCUGGGCGAUCCUUGCAGUACUAGCCAUGCUGCUGCAGAUUUUGAAUCCGUUGCCCACAUCAAGAGGAGCCUGAGAGGAGCUCCGGCGACGGAACCCAUGUCGGCUCCAGGGGAUGUUGCUCUAAUAUGCUUCACAUCUGGAACCACUGGGCGGCCAAAGGGUGUAGCGAUAAGCCAUACGUCGCUGAUCAUUCAGUCCCUUGCGAAAAUUGCCAUUGUUGGCUACGGUGAGGAUGAUGUUUACCUGCAUACAGCACCUCUAUGCCAUAUAGGAGGGAUCUCCUCAUGCGUGGCUAUCCUGAUGGCCGGAGGUUGCCAUGUCCUGAUACCGAAAUUCGACGCCAAAUCAGCCUUUGACGCCAUCCAGGAACAAGGAGUGACUUCUUUCAUCACUGUCCCUGCGAUCAUGGCUGACCUGUUGUCCUAUGCUCGAAAAGAGAUGGUAUCAGACUGUGGGAAGACAGUGACCAAGAUUCUGAAUGGGGGUGGUGGGCUGUCUCUUGACCUGAUAAAUGGAGCUUCACAAUUGUUUCCUCAUGCUGCCAUUUUCUCAGCUUAUGGGAUGACUGAGGCCUGCUCAUCUCUGACGUUCAUGGCUCUCAACAUACCAAAACUUCAAAAACCCAAGAACCAACUAGGCAGCCAUCAUGGAGGCAUUUACGUUGGCAAACCAGCACCGCAUGUAGAGAUACAAAUCGGCAUGGAUGGUGAUAACACCAGUUCUUCACCAGCUGGGAACAUCUUAACUAGAGGCUUGCAUACCAUGGUUGGGUACUGGGCAAACAACAAGGUGGAUUCAUCGGAUUGUGUCAGGAACGGAUGGCUUGACACUGGAGACACCGGAUGGAUGGACAAAGCCGGUAAUCUGUGGCUCAUGGGGCGGCAAAAGGGCCGCAUCAAAACUGGAGGUGAAAAUGUUUACCCGGAAGAGGUUGAACUGGUACUAUCUCAGCACCCAGGAGUAGCAAGAGUUGUGGUAGUCGGUAUACCAGAUAGUCGUCUCGGGGAGAAAGUUAUUGCUUGUGUUAGCAUCAGGGAUGGCUGGAAGUGGGUUGAUGCAAGAACUGAACACCAAGGCAAAGGCAUGGAAGUGUCUCCUCAGAUCCUUCAUGACCACUGCAGGAUGAAAAAACUGAGCAGAUUUAAGGUGCCAAGGUCUUAUUAUCAAUGGAGGCAGCCAUUUCCACGAUCGCUUCAAACUCACAUACAGAUGGAGAUGGUAGAGACGUUGGAUGUAUCUCCGGAUGAUGCCAAUGGGAGUGCUGCAGUUCAGACUGAGCCUUCUUGCCAUGAAGACGCCGCCAUUGAAGAUAUGGAAUCUUUCUUGGAUGAAGUGGAUGAAGUAAAUGACAAGUUUCAUGUUUUCGGAGUUGUGAUUGGUGCUAUCAUCAAGGAAACCCUAAGUGAUGUGCGACAAGAAGCUGCUAGUCAAAUUGUUCUCAAGGAUGCAGAAAUAGCAUCACUGAACCAAAAGCUGCAGCAACUAGGAAAUGGCAGCUUGAGUAUAUAUGAGGAACGGGACAAAAGACAUGAUGAAUUUUAUAGUCUCCGCCAGCAGCUUGACUCCAUUUCCAAGUCACUCUUGAAUUCUGAAUGGGGGCUUUCGGGAGCACAGCAUAACUUUGAAGAUUCAGAAAAUGUGAGCAAGCAGCAGGACAAGGAAAAAUCCUCUAGAAAUGGUGUAGCAAAGACCAUUCAUCCUGGAGACUCUAAUGAAGAAGUUUUUGGAGAUCCAAAACUUCUGGAUCACAUGGAUAAGGUUGCUUUGAUAGCUCAUUUCAAUAAAUCGAUGAAUGAGAUGAAAAGGCAGCAUGAUUCAGUUCUGUACCAGAGGACGGAAGAGAUAUUCAAACUGAAGCGUGAAAUCCUAAAGAAGGAUGGAUCAAACCCUUUUCAUUUACGAAAUAACAAAGAACUUGAGCAAACCAGGAAGAAAAUAGAGGAAAUCAUCUCAAAGUUGGAUGUGCUCCUCUUGGAGAAUAAAAGAACCCCUGUUCGUAUCAAGUCAAAUGCAAUUCCUGGUCAACAAGAUAGGAACAAUGUAUUAGAUUCUGAAAUCCAGCAACUAGAAAGUGGUGCAAGUAAUAAUGAAGAGGACCAUUGCUCUGUUCCAACUCACUCUUCGCAUUUUGUAUCCAGAGAAGCAGAUCAUGAACUGAAUAUUGUAAGGCUUGAAUCUGACAUUGAAGAUGCCAGAAUUGCAGCCACCUUUAAAGAAGAUAUAGAAAGGAUUAUCAUAAAAGAGUUAAUUAGUGAAAUAAACAUAGAAUUGCAUGGUUCUGAGAUUGAGGGCGAUAUGAAGCAGGAAGUUUGCUCAAUAAUUCAGAAAGAGGCUAUUGCUAAAGCAAUGUCAAAGUAUGAGGAGAAAAAGAGUCAUGCUGAAGAGGAAUCUCUACAUAAUAAGCAAAAGAUUGAAAAACUGAAACUAAUUGUGGAUUCCUUCACUGAAGUAGUGAGUGAACAGGAGAAAUUUGUAUCACAGAUUGGAUUGGAAGCGAUUCAGACUCGCGUGGAGUCAAUGUGUCGUGAACUUGAUUUACUAAGAGACAAAGUGGCAAAGCAAGAUUCCUACCUAUCUGAAAAGAACAGGGAGUUUGGUGUCAUUAUUGGCAGGUUGGAGCAAGCUCAGCAGAAUGUUCAACACAAUGAUGUUACUUUGGUUGAGCUGAACGAUAGACUUAGAACCAUUUCAGACUGUCUAAAAGACUUAGAGAAACAGAAUCAAGCUCUACAUAAUGUCAUUGAAGAAAAGGAGAAGAUGCUAACAUCUGCUGUUUCCAAAGACAAGGAUAUGAGAAAAUUCAUGGAAAAUGUUGUUAAAUCUAUCAGAGAUUUUGAAAUUGUCAUGAUGGAUCAACAAGCUGUUGUUGCAAAUAAAGUCCAGCACAAUGAAUCAAGGUUCUGUUUCUUAAAAGAACAAUGUAAACACCUUGCAAAAGAAGGCAAUCUUUUAAGAAAGAAGGCAUUGCGAUACAAAGAGAUAUCUGAGACAAGAGGCUCUAAUCUUCAGAAAGCUGAACUUGAGGUGGAUUUGCUUGGUGAUGAAGUUGAAGCCUUAACAGAUCUUCUUGCAAAAAUCUAUACUGCACUUGAUCACUAUUCUCCAGUCCUUCAACACUACACUGGCGUUAUGGAGACCUUGCACAUGAUUAAGAAACAUAUUAGCAUGGCAAAGUAA